AUGUUUAAUUCUUUCCUCAAUGGAACUUUACCUCUUUCUAUUACAAAUUUGACUCAAGUUCAUGAAUUUGACGUGUCAAGAAAUGACAUAACAGGAAUCUUAGAUACUCUUUUGUUUUCUGAUUCAAGUGAUGAUCCAAAAAGAGGCCUAAUUAGUAUUAGGAAUCUUCUAUUCCAAGAUACCCACUUAAGUGGAACACUUCGUAAUAAAAUUGGUAACAUUAAAAACUUGACUAUUCUGGCUCUUGAUGCUAACAAUUUCUAUGGACCUAUUCCACCUUCUUUAGGAAAUUGCACACAUUUAAGUGUUCUUAGACUUAAUGAGAAUCAAUUCUCAGGUACAAUACCUCCUAGUAUUGGCAAGUUAACUAACUUAACUGAUGUGAGAUUUUUUGCAAAUUACUUGAAUGGCACGGUACCUAGAGAACUCAGAAACUUGUCUUCUUUGGUUGUCCUGCAUCUUGCUGAGAACAAUUUCAUUAGUGAGUUGCCACCUCAAGUGUGCAAAGUUGGAAAGCUUGUGAAUUUCAGUGCUUCUUCUAACCGUUUCACCGGUCCAAUUCCAGUUAGCCUUAAAAACUGUCCAAGUUUAUACAGAGUUAGAAUUAAAUACAACAUGCUUACAGGGUAUGCUGAUGAGGAUUUUGGAGUGUAUCCUAAUCUAACAUACAUUGAUUUCAGCUACAACAAGAUUCGGGGUGAGAUAUCUUCGAGCAAAAAGACAAAGUUUUACAUUUGUAUUAUGAGUUGGCAUUAUGGCCUCAUCAAAUGUAGUUGGCUUUAUUUAGUGUGA